CCUAAAUUAUCUCAGUUUGAAAAUGCUGCUCCUGAGUGCAGUAGCUUUUUUGCUUCAGCUCUCGUUGAGCAGCUGCAGUAGCAGCAAAUUUAUAGUAAAUCCAGAAACGCAUAGGAUACUGGACACGGAAGGUCGAACCCGGUUUUUCCACGGUACUAAUGUUGUUUAUAAAACUGCUCCGUUUGUUCCAGAUACAUCUAGCUUUGAUGCGAAGGAGUCCUUCAGUGUAGAGGAUGCAGACCUACUGGCCUCUAUGGGAUACAAUAGCAUAAGAUUAGGUGUGCUCUGGGCUGGAUACGAACCAACAAUGGGAGAAUAUAAUGAAACCUAUCUAGAUAUAGUUGAGGAAAUUGUAAAUAUGGCUGGAGAAAGGGGUAUUUAUUCUUUACUAGACAUGCAUCAGGAUGUGUUUAACAGAAAGUUUUGUGGGAAUGGUGUUCCUGACUGGGCAGCUAUUCAUGAUGAGAACAAUUUUCCUGUUCCACUUGCUGAGGAAUACGAAACAGAUGAAAACAUAUAUCCGGGGAGAGUUGACUGUGAUAGUAUUCCUUGGCCUAACUACCAUUUUACAUAUGCUUUAGAACAGUCUGUGGGGAGGCUGUAUCAGAACUACGAUGGAUUGCUUGAUAGGUUUGUGGAAUUUUGGGGGAAAGUAGCAGAACGAUUCAGUGAGAAUGAAUAUAUUCUUGGCUAUGAGAUAAUGAAUGAGCCUUGGUGUGGAAAUACCUAUGAAGAACCUGAACUACUUAUUCCAGGUGUUGCUGACAACAGAUAUUUGCAGCCUAUGUAUGAUGCUGUCAAUGACAGGAUUCGUGAACAUGAUCAAACUCAUCUUAUUUUCUUCGAAUCGGUUACAUGGGAAAUUGCUGGAAUAGGUGAGACUUACGGAUUUGCUCAUCCCCCUGGAGGAGAUGACUUUAAAAAUAGAUCUGUAUUAUCCUUCCACAACUCUGUUCUUCCUGAGGUUACUCCGGAUGAUAAGUACUAUGAUCUGAGAGCCAAAGAAAUCAAACGGCUAGGCAUUGCUGGGUUUGUCACGGAAACAAAUAAUGAUAGGAAUCAGUUAGACUUAAUGGAUGAUCUGGUAAGGUGGGGAUACUCCUGGCACCAUUGGGCAUACAAAUGGUAUGGAAACGUUACCUGGGAUAAUAAUGGAUUAUUUUUAACAGAAAAUACUUAUGACAAGUGCUCUGGUUCCAUGGAUGAAUGUUUAGAUAUAGAAAAGGUUAAAACCUAUGCUAGAAUUUACCCACAAACUAUUGCUGGGGAGGUGAAAUAUUUUCAUUAUGCGGCGGAUUCAAGGGAAGCCAUAUUUAUCUACAAGCCUGAUACACGUAUUCCUGGGAACACAAUUUUAGCCGUUCCAGAAUGGAAUUAUGAAAAUGGAUACACAGUAACAAUUUUCCCAAGUUUGGUGAAUUGGAAGAAGGGGUGUUGCACUCUAGCUUUGAAUGCUACAAUUGAGUUGGAGGUGAACAGUGAAUGGACAAACGAAGAAAUAUCAGUGAUUUUAACUCCAGCUUAAAUUCAAUAAAUCAUCAUUUGUAUAA